AUGGCCGACACAGUCAUCAAGCCUGAAGAGGUACCGCAUGCUGGGACUAUUGAGUUGAAGGAUAACACCACCAUCGUUGUCCUAGGUGCCUCCGGUGAUCUCGCAAAGAAGAAGACGUUCCCUGCCCUAUUCGGUCUCUAUCGCAACCAAUUCCUUCCAAAAGAUAUCAAGAUUAUCGGAUAUGCACGGACAAAGAUGGACCAUGAGGAAUACCUCAAGCGGGUCAAGUCCUACAUCAAGACACCCACAAAGGAUAUGGAGAAGCAACUGCAGGAGUUCUGCAAUAUCUGCUCAUAUGUAUCCGGGCAAUACGAUAAAGAUGAGUCGUUCAUUGAAUUACGGAAACACCUUGAGGAGCUCGAGAAAGGCCGCAAGGAAGACAACCGCGUCUUCUACAUGGCGCUACCACCCAGUGUUUUCACAACCGUUUCCCAGCACUUGAAGAAGAACUGCUACCCCAAAAGCGGUGGUCUCGCCAGAAUUAUUGUCGAGAAACCAUUUGGAAAGGAUCUUGCCAGCUCUCGAGAAUUGCAAAAGGCAUUGGAGCCAAACUGGAAUGAGGAAGAGAUCUUCCGUAUCGAUCAUUACCUGGGUAAGGAGAUGGUGAAGAACAUUUUAAUUCUUCGAUUUGGUAACGAAUUCUUCGGCGCCACGUGGAAUCGUAACCACAUCGACAAUGUUCAAAUCUCCUUCAAGGAGCCGUUUGGAACCGAGGGUCGAGGUGGAUACUUUGAUGAGUUUGGAAUUAUUCGUGAUGUUAUGCAAAACCAUUUGCUGCAGGUGUUGACCCUUCUCGCAAUGGAACGGCCAAUCUCCUUUUCUGCAGAGGAUGUCAGAGACGAGAAAGUCCGAGUUCUCCGAGGUAUUCCAGCUAUCGAGCCAAAGAAUGUCAUCAUCGGUCAAUAUGGCAAGUCAUUAGAUGGAAACAAGCCUUCCUACAAGGAAGACGACACCGUGCCAAAGGAUUCGAGAUGUCCUACUUUCUGUGCUAUGGUUGCAUACAUCAAGAACGAGCGGUGGGACGGUGUGCCGUUCAUCUUGAAGGCUGGUAAGGCUCUCAACGAGCAAAAGACCGAGAUCAGAAUCCAGUUCAAGGACGUCACCUCUGGUAUCUUCAAAGACAUUCCCCGAAACGAGCUUGUCAUGCGAAUCCAGCCCAAUGAGAGCGUAUACAUCAAGAUGAACUCCAAGCUGCCUGGUUUGAGCAUGCAAACUGUUGUCACUGAGCUUGAUUUGACCUACCGAAGACGUUUCUCCGACCUGAAGAUCCCCGAAGCCUACGAAUCCCUUAUCCUCGACGCUCUCAAGGGCGACCACUCCAACUUUGUCCGUGAUGAUGAAUUAGACGCUAGUUGGAGAGUCUUCUCUCCACUCCUUCACUACCUCGAUGACAACAAGGAGAUCGUUCCCAUGGAAUACCCAUACGGAUCUCGUGGCCCCGCUGUCUUGGAUGACUUCACAUCUUCAUACGGCUAUAAGUUCUCUGACGCAGCAGGAUAUCAAUGGCCAACCACCGAAACCACACCCAACAAGUUGUAG